UAGAGUGGGUCCCACCACCUGCUCCCAAAUCGGGCUCAACGCUCAGAAACCCUAGACCGCUCGCUUUCUUCCCUCCCAAAUUCUCGAUGAACUCAUAACAGGUCGAAGGAAAGCGAAGAGAAGAAUCGAAAACGGGAUGGCUUCCUUAUUCAAGGAUCCGAGUAAGCUCUCGGCGUAUAGAGACCGUAGGUUCCCUGGAAACCAAGAGGAGUAUGAAUAUGCACUGCAGACAUCGACCACUGUUUAUAUAGGGAACAUGUCGUUCUAUACGACAGAGGAGCAGGUCUACGAGCUCUUCUCGAGGGCUGGAGAGAUCAAGAAAAUCAUCAUGGGACUUGACAAGAACACCAAAACUCCAUGUGGCUUCUGCUUUGUCUUGUACUAUUCCAGGGAGGAUACUGAGGAUGCAGUCAAAUAUAUUAGUGGUACAAUUCUUGAUGACCGGCCAAUUCGUGUAGAUUUUGACUGGGGGUUUGAAGAUGGAAGGCAAUGGGGUCGUGGUCGAAGUGGUGGACAAGUGAGGGACGAGUAUCGGACUGAUUAUGAUCCUGGUAGAGGUGGCUAUGGAAAGUUGGUCCAGAAGGAGCUGGAAGCACAAAGGGAGUUAGUUGAUUAUGGUACAGGUUCGUUAGGAGAUUUCCAACCUAACAUGCCGUCUCAGUAUGGUCGACAAGGUGGUAACCGUGGAUACAGGAAUCCUUACAAAUAUGAACGCAACCCACGUGAUGAUCGAGGUCGUGGAGAUCGUGACUAUAAUAGAAAGCGGUACAGGGAUGAUGAUCGUGCACCUGAGAUGUCAAAGAGGGCUUCUGACUAUGAAUCUCGAAAGAACUCUGAUUAUGAUUCUAGACCAGAGAGAAACCCACGCUUUCGAGAGAGUGGAGAUUCAGAUGAAGAAGAAGAUGAUGAUAGGAAACGUCGUCGCUAGAUGUGUAAUGUCAUGUUUACUGUUUGUGUAAUGUUGAGUUUGGAGUUUUGCCAUAUGUUUCACCAAAAAUUGUAUGUUGAACUGUUUUGAAGUUUGGAACUCAUUUGGAUAAUCAGACGAUUUUCGAUCAGAAUGACAUGGGAAAUGGAGUUGGUAAUUAAAA